GUUAGGCUGAGCUGCUGUUGGGCCCUUCGCUAGAAGCUCCGCCCCUCCACUGUGUCCCGUGCUUCCCAGGAAGUACUGCAGUGAACUUGAGUCUUCUUCCAGCUUGUUGUUGCGCGCGUGCCACGGGGAGAAGAUGUUUGAGAGCCUGCGCGAGCGGCUUCUGAGCGUCCAGCAGGAUUUGACCUCGGGAAAACAAAGCAGCCAGCAGGCUCCUUAGCUACCUAAGAUUGUAACCUUAGGCGCGCUUACUUGGGAGGAAGCCUCACUGAACACAGUUCGGGGGCUGAAGACUUUGGGUGACAAAUCAAGAGAAGCCAAAAUAAGCAAGCAGAGAACUGUACAGUGUUCACCAGAGUUCUCUGCUGGAUUAGUUCUACUGAGCAGCUGGUGGAUAGUGAAGUUGUGAUGCUUUCUGCCCACUGGGAGAAGAAGAGAAGUGGUCUGUUAGACCUUCAGGAACAGCUCCAGCAAAUUCCAGUUUUUUUAGCGGAUUUGGAAUCCACAACAGCUAGCCUAAUCCAGCUGGAAGCAAAUUUUAAGGAAAUGGAGAAUCGUUUACUUUAUCUUGAGGACCUCUGUGGACAGUGUGAAUUUGAAAGAUAUAAGCAUAUGCAAAUGCUACAGCUUGAAAAUUACAAAAAGACUAAACGGAAAGAACUUGAGGUCUUCAAAGUAUUGCACUGCGUACUUCUGGGCAGACCAACUCAGCAGAUCAGCUUUAACUACCCUGAGCUUGAUGCAGAGCAUGCACAGAAGGUGUUGCAUAUGGAGCAUACCCAGCAAUUGAAGCUAAAGGAGCAACAGAAGUUCUUUGAAGAAGCUUUUCAGCAAGACAUGGAACAGUACCUCUCCACAGGCUAUCUGCAAAUAGCUGAAAGACGAGAGCCGAUUGGAAGCAUGUCUUCUAUGGAAGUGAAUGUGGACAUAUUGGAACAAAUGGACCUUGUGGAUAUGUCUGACCAAGAAGCCUUAGACGUCUUCCUUAGUUCAGGAGGAGAUGACGGUACUAUGCCAUCUCCUAUGAUAGGCUCAGACUGCAGCACCUGUCAAAAUGACAUCAGUCUUCAAGUUCCCACUCAUUCAGCUUUGAAAGAGUUGUCUUCCUCUACAUCAGCCUGGACCGAUUCUGCUAGCCAAGAUGCUAGUGAAGGAGAGUCGCCUGUGAUCCAGUCAGAUGAGGAAGAUGUGCAAGUGGACACUGCCCUUGUUGCUGUAAAUAUGGAAAUGAAAGGCCCUUCUGAUGUUAGUGAUGAGAGUGAUUCACAAACAAAAUGAGUUAUUGUGAUCUACAGGAAAUAGGACUCUGGAAUGAAUGAAUGAAUAAAUAAAAAAGUGAUUGAACUUGGCUGUGUUACUAUGAUGAUCUAUCAUGGAAAAGAUUCCCAUACGUAAAACUUUAGUCAUGUGAAACUGAUUUUUGUAAAAUUUCUUGAAGCGCACCAUUCAGCAAUAAAGUAUUAGCCUUUGAACUGUAAAUCUUUUAUAUAGAGAGUUAUCCAAAGAACAAAUUGUAGAAGGGUUCAUUUUAAAAAUCCUUCAUAGGAACGUAAUAUAGAAGCCAUGUUUGUUAUCCCAAUGUGCAUGUCUUUAAUAGUUGUCUCUAAAGACUGAUAAAAUAUGUUGCUUAUACUUAAUUUACGCAGAAGAAUAGCAGCCUCCAAUUGUUUGACCUUCAGGAUGUAGGAAACAAAUUCACAUGACAGUAGGACAGGAAUGAGGGGUUUGCUUUCUUACUGAAGUAAUAUGUUUUACAUACCUGUAAAAAGUGAGCAGAAAGAGAAUAGCAACUUGUACAGUUACAGAAGUUUCUGAACUUCUGCUUUAGCUUUCUCGAAAGCAUACAAAUUGAUUUCAUGAUCGUGUUCUGUUGUUGCUUUGUCCUGUGUUUAGUGGGAUAAGCCUCAGUUGUGAAUUGGUAAGAAACAGAGCUAUUCUGCUUUGUUCUCAAUGGAUACCAAAAUUCUGAAGACUGUACUAUUCUAACUUUAAGACUGCUUCAGAUUAAUAUUAGCUGUAGUACAGCAUUAGUGCAACACACUUCCUUGUCAGUGUUGCCCCUAUAUAAGAGAUUUGUGGCUUGUUCUAAAUUGGGAACUUUAAUUUCCACCCUUCAGCACUGACCUUUAAAUACCAAUCCAGCUGCCCCCCAUUAAGCAUGUUCUGACUAAAUUGCAUCUUUUCCUAACCAACCAGAAUGGUCCUGUCUUAAGAAAAGCUAAAAUUUUAACUAUUUACUGUUCUUUCAGAAGAAAGACAAAGUGUCCAAAAAGAGUGUUUUUUUAUUAAACCUUGUAUUACAAACCUGAAAAGUAAACAAAAACUGGCAAUAAACAGGAAGCCUUUCCUUACAAGGAAAGAGAGCAGAGCAGCGCUAAUAAAUUAAAUGUCAAACUGUAA